AUGCAUAAAAUAACACUGAAAUUUUUAGAUCAGUCUAUUGAAUAGAAAUACUAACAAGAACAUUAAUCACCAAAAAGAAAAACCCAUAUCAAAAUAUUGUUGCUCACUUUUUUUGCGCUUACGAUCAUUAAAUCAACUAUUGCAUUAAUUUAUAAAAAUUAUGCAGUAGUUUACCCUUUACUAGGAAUUGUGCCAUUACUAGCUUUUUCAAAAUUCUUUAAUAUUAAUAAAGAUUAUCACUAACGAGGAUUAAUCAUAUACCUCAAUAUUUUUUUUUCAAUUUCUGUGAUUUUCUUUGAUGAUCAAUUAGAUUCUGCAACUAUGCACUUUAGGGGAGCAAAUUAAAUGGCUAUCAACAUUAUCAAUAUACUUGGAAUUGAAUUUUUUAGAUUCAAUAAUAACAAUUAUUUUAUUGUAUUCACUUAGAUUAUUUCAUCUUAUCUAGAAUAGUUCAAGCUUUGAUAUUACAACUAUUAUUUUGGGGUUUGGAAUUAAUUUAACAUUAAUAAUUAUUGUCUAUUUAUAUCAUAAAGCAACAAGAUCUCAAUUCCUUUUAACUAAAAUUGAUUAAAGAUGGGAAAAUAUUCUAAAAUAAAUUCUUCAUAAUUAAAAAUUUAUCUUAAUCAAUUAUCAAAUCGAAAAAUUAAAAUUUUAAAAUGUUACUUCCACUUUUUCGUAAUCCAUUCAAUCAUAAGAAGAUGUCAUGAAAUUUUUAAGGGAGGCCAAAGUGGAUAAUAGGUCAUUAGAAUAAUAUUUAUUUUAGAAAUUAUAAGAAUUCUCAUAAAAAUAUUUGGAAAUUAUGAAUCAUUCAAUAAAUAUAAAGUUUGAUAAUUAAUUAAUGUCAGUUGAUUUUUCUAUAUUUCUUGGAAAUUAGCCGACUAUCCUAAUUUAGAUCAGAUAAUAACAUGUAUAAUUUUAAAAUGAGGAAGUCCAGAAAGUAUGUUAAUUGUAUUUAAAAUUAUUAACUGUUUUUAUUAAAAUAAUUAAGUAAAAUAUACCUUUUAAUUAUGAUUAAUUCCAUAACUUAGCUAAUAAGGUGUUAAUUUAAUAAAUAAUCACAUCAAUUUGGAGUUAAUAAAUAACAUCAAAAAUAAUCAGUCUUGAGAAAUCUUUGUAAAAAAUUUAAAAAUUUUGUUAUCCAAACACUACAAUUCAACUUUUUGGUUCAGAUUAUUUCAUAAAUACUAUUCCAAAAAUAUUUUAUUUAUUAUUAGCUUGCAUAGUUGAUAGUUCAAACAGCGAGUCGAUCAGAAUUAAAGGUUACACUAAUAAAAAUGAAUUGAAGCUAAUUAAAAUACAAGGACAAUUUGAUAUCCCAAAAUUAAAUAAUUAUACUAUAAAAAUUAAGAAUUACUUACUUCUUAUAUGCAAAGAGGUUAAAGCGUAACAAUUUUGUAUAAUUUUUAGCAAAAUUUUUUUAGGUAUUAAUCUUGAAUUUAAUGAUGAAAUUGUUUAACCAUUUACUAAUAUUAAAAUGCCUUAAUUACAUUUUAAUUGGUAAAAGAAGAAGUUCACUCAAUGA